UUAUGUAAAUAACAAACGGAAAUUAAAAAAAUAAAAGCGGCGUUUCCCUAGUUGGGCUACCUGUAUGAUGCUGUAAUGUCCUGCAGGGGGCAGCACUUCAGUUACAGGUAAAGGCCGUCAACUGUUGAUGCAGCGAAGAAGUAUCACUGAACCAAAACAACGGAGGCGUUUUUAAGAAUGCCUUUCCAUUUUUGCCCUCAGUGUGGGACCAAGCUGCAGCCAGAUUUUAAAUUUUGCCCUUCGUGCGGGAUAAAACUUCCUGUUUCUGCUGAUGAACCUGAACUCCCAACCUCAGCGGACUUUUUAAAGGACGAAGCAGCGGCGGUAGACACGGUCGUAGACAAAACGAGCCCCGCUUCAAGCACAAGCUACUGCAUCACUUCGACCUCAGUUUCUCCUCGUCCUGCACUGAGAAAAAACCGUAACUCCCUGCGCCUGGAAAAAGCUGUUGAAUUCAGCAUCCAGGAUGCUUCUCCACUCGCGGUGCCCUCCACUCAUCCCGCUGGAAAUGACAAGACAGAAAAUGAGAGUUGUGACGUUCACGGGUCUCCUUUAAAGUUGAGCAUGGUGAAUGUCCAGGUGGUGGAGCCCUCUGUUGUAAAAUCCCCUCGUUCUGUCAGAGGAAAGGUGAAGGCUCGCAGUCCUGCUAAGAAGGAAGCAGGAGAGGAUAAAACAGGUGUGAUAACUGAAGUGUCGACUGCGGAUGGAUCAGUUUCCUCACCGAUCUCCAAGUCUCCUUCAAAAGGGAGGGGCAAAGCCAAGAAGGCGAAGCACGCGCCCACGGUGGAGCCGCUGCAGGAAGGCGAGGAGGUGACGGACACGAUGGGGAACAAGUGGAAGCUGAUCAAGCUGUCUACUCAGAGCACCACAGAACUCCUGUAUGAAGUUUCGCAGCCCAGUUUGAAAGAAUCGGAUCACAUCCUCAAACUGGGAGCUAAAGAUGGAAGAAUCUUCAACGAGCAGAAUUUUCUGCAGAGAGCUGCGAAACCUGCUUCUGUGGACAAAUGGAUCAAACAGAACAAGAUGGAUUUUCUGGGGAUUCCCACCUGCGUUGGUUUUGGUCUUCAUGCAGAUUCCUACAGGUUUCUAAUUUUCCCCAACAUGGGACGCUCUCUCCACUCUGUCAUCGAGGAGCAAAACGAGCCUCUAUCCGAGAAAGUUGUUCUUCAGCUCGCCUGCAGAAUACUGGACGUGCUGCAGUUCAUUCAUUCAAGUGAGUACGUUCACGCUGACGUUAACGCAGAAAACGUUUACAUCAAACCUGGAGCCAAAUCAGAGGUGUACCUGGUAGGGUACUGCCACGCCUUCAGGUUCUGUCCUGGAGGGAAGCAUGUCGAGUAUCGUGACGGCAGCAGAACACCACAUGAAGGCAGCGUGGAGUUUAUCAGCCUGGAUGCUCACAAAGGAGCCGCUCCGUCUCGGCGCAGCGACUUGCAGUCUCUGGGUUAUUGCAUGCUGCACUGGCACACAGGGAAGCUGCCGUGGUCUGAACUGACCCAACCGCAGCAGGUGGCCACCCAGAAACGCAGGUACAUGGAAGAUGUGAAAGCCUUGCUGAGCCUUUGCUUUGGGAAGAAGAAAGUGUCCAGAGCAUUUCAAACCUACCUGACAGCAGUGAUGUCCCUGCAGUACACAGAACAGCCCGACUACUCAGAGCUGAAGGUUGGACUAAGUACUGCUUUACAUCAGCUGGGGGGGGCCGUGGAGCUGCCGUUGGCUUUGUAGAAAUGAAGCCACAAGAUGACAACUGGAAGGUUUUGCUGUGAUCUGAUGUUUUAUCUACACUUGUAUUUUGCAUUAUACCAGUGAGCUAAAACGUUACAUGUUGGUUAACACACCAGUUUACCAGAUUAGGGUCAAUAUUCCAAGCAUUAAUGGGGAUGACUUGCACUGUGGUUUUAUGUUGUUGGUUUAACUUUCUCACGUUCAUUGAAGGUUUGCUUGGUUUUAGCCAUGUCUACUGGUAGUUUACACUUUUAUUCCUGAAUACAAGUAAGAUCACCUAUGCAGUUUUUAUUAAUGUGAAUGAACACAAAUAAAAUGUCUUUUCGUCAUUUAAAACCCAACUUUUCUGUAAUAAUUAAAAAAGCAGCAGCAACACUCAGAAGUUCUCCGAUCAUCCUGAUGUAACCAGAUACGACAGAGACGCAUUUACUUUUAAAGAAACCUUUAUAAAGUUUAAACAUUUCUGAACUUAAACAUUUGAACAUUUUCAGGACAUAUACAAUUCUUAAUAUGAAACAGUAAAUAUCUCUUUAUUUUGCACACUCUUAAAGUGAUUCAGAAAAUAAACACUGUCGUCGCCCACCGGAUCCGUCCAGCCGUGGCACGUCAAACCUAAACAUCUGUCACUUGAGGCACUUUCUGAGUGAAGAGGCUUUUUUUUUCUGAAGAAAUGCGUUAAAGCACAUCAAUGAGACUACAGCGCCCCCGAGAGGCAGCUUUUGGACACAGAUACAGUCCGAGUGGCUUUUUUUUUUUUGGAGCGGCUCCUAGCUUACACACUGAAACUGAUCAUUUAAGUUUAUUUAUUUAUUAAUACAGACAUGCUGGCAGCAUGAGACAGCUACACAUGCAGGUUUAAAUAUAGUUCCACACUGCAAAUGGUUUUAUGUCUGUAAAAAAAACAAGCUCCAGAUGUUUUUUUAGAGGACGUAUCCAUUCAUUUUGGAGACUGAAGCAGAUUGGACUGAAAUGAUUUAAAAAUAAGAGAUAAUCUUUGUUUUCAGGGAACAUUCCUGCUUUGGGAAAUGAGUUCUUGUCCUGGGACAAACAUCACAUGUUGGGAGUCUUUCCUCUGACGUUAAAAGAGCUCCAGGCUGAUUUAACAGUGACCUCAGAAGGAUUUCACAUCCACCAACACGGAGCUUUCCUCUAAGCCUGCUAAAGCAACUUGGUGUGUCUCUGUAAAAUAUAUAAAAAAAGAGAAUGCACUAAUAAAUGUUAACACAAGG